AUGCAAUCCAAUAUCAUUGUCCGAUUUGCUUUGGCCGUGUGCCUUAUUUUCCUACUAUUCACUACUGUUCUUUCUGAGUCUAGUCCUUCUGAUUCAAAAACAGAAAUCAAAAUGCGCGUAGCUCGAUCAGUAUUCAGUGAAUCAGACGAUGAUCUCAGUCAAUUUUGUCAAUAUCUGUGUACGAAUAAUCAAUUAUUGACAAAAAGAGCCUAUUUAAAAGGUUUUGUUCAUGGUCGAUCAGCGAACGAAGAUUCUGAACAACUAAAUAACGAUUAUGACAUUCUCGAAAAACGUUUUGUUCAUGGCAAACGUUUUGUACAUGGUUAA